CCCGUAAGGGUCAUGUUACUACAGGAGGAAACGUAAACUAAACUAACUUUAUUUAUACUGGAUAGAUCUAUCAGUUCUAAACUGUUCUCUGUUGUGGUCAGUCGUUCAAAUUUCAAAACUGAUCCAACCUACUUCAUUCAAUACCUUCUAGUUGCCACGGCAACGAUGAGUGACGUCAUACCAGAAAUCCAGAGCGAUCCACCGUUAUCACUACGUACCACCUUAAGGAAGUUCUCAAAGACACGACAUCACGUGACCAACCCACGCAGCAAAGAAAAAGCAAGGAAAUAUAUUAAGAAAAUGUUUACAAAAUCUGGGCUGCAUGUGUGGUCCGAGUAUAUUGAUACAAUACCGGUAAGAUAUUAGGGAUUGUUGCAGGGCUAAGAGAUGCAGCCGAGUUAAGGCGCUGUUUAUAUAUACACUAUGCAAUUUGUCUCGUAACUUGUCUCGCAAUUUUGUUGCGACACAAGUUGCACGCGAAAUUGCAAAGUGUAUCAUGCCUCGCACUCAACAAGUCUCGCAAUAUUUUUGUUGCAACAACCAUUGCACGAAGUAGAAUCUGGUUCUACAUUUUUAGAGCAUUGCACAAUGUAACACCCCUCUUGUAACUAGUCUCGCAACGCUUAUGCACUUAAUGGCUUCCUAUUGGCUUUUGACUGACAAUAUGGCGUCAGACGUUAGCGACAGGUUUUAUACUAUUUUUAAUGAUCAUUGCAAGCGGCGUGGAACAUAUUGCUUGGUGUAACAUCUCUUGCAAUGCAAUCCUGAAAUCGUUUAAUUUCUUAACAUUGCGAGACAAGUUCCGAGAUAAGUUGCUUAGUGUAACAGCACCGUUAAGCCGAAUUCUAUUUCAUUCUCCCAUCAGUCUAUACGAGGUGAAAACAUUGUCGGCAUGUUGGAAGGAAAAUAUACAGGGACCGCUGAUGACAGAAUAGUGAUUGUGGGCGCACAUUACGAUACGACCAGUCGAACACGGGGUGUCGACGACAAUGGAUCGGGUGUAACAGCCUUGCUGCAGGUUGCCAAACAAAUAGGUAUGGAAUAGACCGAUUCGAUGUAAUCACUUCCGCCUUGUAAUAGAAUACCUCCAAGACCAUAGUUUUACAAAAUAUAAUACCAUGUAUUCUCUAAAAAAAAUGAAUCUUAAUAAUAUCGGAGUUUCUGCUAGAUUUAGCAAAGAAGACUGACUGGCUUCGUUCGAUUGCUUUUUAAAUCUUGAACUCUUAUACCUUGACUUAAAUAGCAGUCUCUUCUGAAAAAAUUGUUUGUUAGCCUGGUAAUGCAUAAAAUAUAAAUUAUUUUUCACCCUGCUCGGUUUCCUUUGUUCUUAUCGGGGAAUAUAUUCAAUAUUCCCCUCUAAACAAUUUCCGUUUAAUAAUCCCCUCUAAUAUUCACCUGCAAUUAAUAAGCCCCUCUAAUAUUCACCUGCAAUGUCUUUGCAGCACAAAAAAAUGAGAAAAAAACAACAUAACGAAGGCAAUAUGGCAUUACGAAUUAUUUCUAUUCUGACUCAUUAACGCGACCUCGCAGUGUGAAAAAUAAGUACGUUAUUUUGAGGCACCUCGGGGAUGUGUUUAUUCACCUCGGCGCUGGGCGCCUCGGUGAAUAAAUCACAUAUCCCCUCGUUGCCUCAAAAUAACCUAUACAUAAUGCAAACUUGUGGCUGAAGACAUCCCCUGGGCCCUGAAUAUUACUAAAAAUCAUAUUUGCUGAUUUAAUAAAGCAAAUUACUUUUUGUCCCCUACUUAGGCAAUUCUGGCUGCAGUUUCAAAAACACGAUCCUUUUUGUGGCUUUCGAUUUCGAAGAGGACACGGCGGAAUCAGAAUAUCCCAUUCCGUUUGGUAGUGAAUAUUUUGUACGCAACCUAACCCAGCACCUCAACCGGACGGGCGGUACGAUCAAAGGAGCGUUAGUUCUUGAAAUGUUAGCAAACCAUAACACCACCAGAGGUAAUUGUGUUUUUAUAUGCUUUUUCCCUCGGUCAUUCUGCGCUACACACGUAAAAACGCACAAGUUGUACAGCAGACUUGUAGCGAUGCUGUUCCAGCAACUUGUCAACAGGAUGUGUUCGCACUGCUUGUUCCCCAGCUUACGGACAAGUUGUCCACGACUUAUCGACAACUUGCUACAAGGCUGUUGAUCUCAACAGACUGUUACAAGUUGUUCCAACAACUUGUUAUCGUCCUGCAAUUCGACAAUUUGUCAACACGUUGUAGGAACUUGAUAAAAUAACAGCAUUGUUACAACUUGCUGACAAGCGUGAUAUUUCGAACACAUCUCGGUUGAAACCGUUCGCAAAGGCAGGUAG